CGUAAUUAAAUCGGUCGCGAUAUUGUUGCACAGUGAUGAUAAAUCAGUGUCCUUCGCUAAACGAAACAGUUUAUCUAAAGGUGCUCGCUAAGUGACGUGAAAAUGGCGGAACAACAAGGAGGUGUAGGCUCUCAAAUCGGUAAAGCUAUUACGAAAAAGCUAUCCGAUUCUCUCAAGAAUAUGGAUGUAUUAGGAUUACUACAGAAUUUAGUAGCCAUGACUCCAGAGGACGAGGAAUCCGAAGAAAUAAGAGGAAAACUACAAGAUGUUAUGAAACAAUAUAACGAUAUGCCUGAAGACGAAAAGGUUUUAUUCGCGAAUCAAUUGAAAGAUGCGUUAGCAACAAAGUUGCAGGCUAAGUUGGAUAAUACUCCUUUUGAUCUGAGCGGAGUGGACGCAGCGAUCAGCCGGGCUAUUUAUGUACAAGUGGUAUUGUACGGGCUUGCAGCUUUGUUUUUAUUAAUACUUAUCGUAUUCUUCGGCUACAAAUUGUACAAGUCAAUAAAAGACAAAGAACUGAAACGGGAGGAAAAGAAGAAAGCUAAGCAGAUGAAAAAGAAGAAAUAAAAACCUUUUUUUUACAAACGACGAUUAAGUUACUGAAGCUAACAAACGACAAGUUGCCUGAAAUAUUAUGAACGGAUAUUGAUUUUAGUUAUGUCAUCGGCAAAUCGCGAAUACCGUUACUUUGUAAUUUGCUUAGGCAAAUUUGGAAUAGGAAAAUUACAUGUUGAAUUAAUGUACAAAAUUAUGUUUUGUCAAUUUGUAAAAAUCCGUCAUUCAUCAGCGCGACUCUUCGGCUUUUACCAAUUUCUAUGCAGUCGCAAGCGUUUCGUCUAAUGACUGUGCUUGCUGGAGACCUCAUUUAAGUCCACGUUCCCUUUCCAACUUUUUUUUAUAAAGAUGGGACAUUUAGAUGGAUUUAACAGAGAAGUAGACGCUUAGGAAGCAGAAAUAGACUUUCUGUCUGCCACCCUUCUUUGUCGAAUUCAAUUAAAAAAAAACAAAAUGCCGCGGGCUAAAAAGCACUGAUGUCAAUGCAACCCCUGGGCAAAUCAUAAAUAGGAGGGAUUCACGAUCUGCCGGUGACAUAAUAAUUGCAUAUUUUACUAAGUAUAGUUAAAAGUUUAUUUUUAUAUUUUAGUUAUUGACUUUUGGCAGCUACAAAAACCUUUAAAAAAAAACGCAUUGCUCUCUCCAUAAUAUUU